ACUGCAGAUACAUGUACAAAUACUGCAGAUACAUGUACAAAUACUGCAGAUAUAUGUACAGAAACUGUAGACAUAUGUACAAAUACUGGAUACAUGUACAAAUACUGGAGAUACAUGUACAGAAACUGCAGACAUAUGUACAAAUAAUGGAGAUACAUUUAUGUUUGUGUAUAUAUGUCCGUGUGUUUAUGUGUGUGUAUUUUCAGAGAUCGUCCAUGAGGAUGUGAAGCUGAGUCCGGUUUCGUCUUCAGACGGAGUUCAGAGUCCAGUUAGGGUUAGACUGAGAAACAAGAAGGUCUCCACAGAGGACAUUAACAAACGUCUCUCGUUACCGGCCGACAUCCGUCUUCCAGACGGUUACCUGGAGAAGUUUAACCUUAUUGGUCCAGCUCUGUUGGAGCAGCCAAUCAGCAGACGUCUGCGCAGAGUGUCUCUGUCAGAGAUUGGUUUUGGGAAACUGGAGACAUACAUCAAACUGGACAAACUGGGAGAGGGGACCUAUGCUACAGUGUAUAAAGGUCGCAGUAAACUGACGGAAAACCUUGUGGCUCUGAAGGAAAUUCGACUGGAACACGAAGAAGGAGCUCCGUGUACUGCGAUCAGAGAAGUGUCCCUGUUGAAGGAUCUGAAACACGCCAACAUCGUCACGCUUCAUGACAUCAUCCACACAAGGAAGUCCCUCACACUGGUGUUUGAGUAUCUGGACAAAGAUCUGAAACAGUAUCUGGAUGACUGCGGAAACAUCAUCCACGUUCACAACGUCAGACUCUUUCUCUUCCAGUUGCUGCGAGGUUUGUCGUACUGUCAUGGGAGGAAAGUUCUCCACAGAGAUCUGAAACCACAGAACCUGCUGAUCAACGAGCGAGGAGAGCUCAAACUGGCUGACUUUGGUUUGGCUCGAGCAAAGUCGAUCCCCACAAAGACAUACUCUAACGAGGUGGUGACGCUGUGGUACCGUCCGCCGGACAUCCUGCUGGGCAGCACCGACUACUCCACCCACAUCGACAUGUGGGGUGUUGGUUGUAUCUUCUAUGAGAUGGCGACAGGUCGACCUCUGUUUCCUGGUUCCACCGUGGAGGAGGAGCUUCACUUCAUCUUCAAACUCCUCGGUACUCCCACGGAGCAGAGCUGGCCUGGUGUCAGUUCUAAUGACGAAUUUGUGGCUUACAAUUAUCCUCAGUACAGAGCAGAGAGACUGAGUAACCACACUCCAAGGCUUAGCAGUGAAGGAGUGGACCUGUUGUCAAAGUUUCUGCAGUUUGAAGGGAAGAAGAGGAUCUCAGCAGCCGAGUCGAUGAAUCAUGGUUAUUUCAGUAACCUUGGAAACAAAGUGUUGACACUUUCUGACUCAACAUCCAUCUUCAGUCUGCCCGAGAUUCAACUGGAAAAAGAAACAAUCAGACCAACAGUCACCCCUGAUCCAGCGAACAGUCCAGCCGGGAGGCGGAGUCUGCUCUUCUGACAUCAUCGCGGAGGCGGAGUCUGCUCCUCCUCCGACAUCGUAUAGGCGGAGUCCGCUCUUCUGGCAUCAUCGUAUAGGUGGAGUCUGCUCCUCCUCCGACAUCAUCGGAUAGGCGGAGUCUGCUCCUCUGACAUCAUCGCGAAGGUGGAGUCUGCUCCUCCGACCUUGUAUAGGCGGAGUCUGCUCUUCUGGCAUCAUCGUAUAGGCGGAGUCUGCUCCUCCGACAUCGUAUAGGUGGAGUCUGUUCCUCCGACAUCAUCGUAUAGGCGGAGUCUGCUCCUCCGACAUCAUCGUAUAGGCGGAGUCUGCUCUUCUGACAUCAUCGUGAAGACGGAGGUGAUGAUGAUUUUUUCAUUGGAGGAGUAAAACAGGAACAGAAAGUAAAACAAAUGAAGAAGAAAACAAACUAAGCACUGAAAUGAUACUCUCAUUGUUAAUCAAGAGAAGAAAAUGGUAGCCUGCUUUUUAAAUAAACUGACAAACGGACCGACGCAAUAAUGAAUCACGGCAGUCAUUUUACCAAUCCGUUAACAGCCUUUUGGUUCUAACGGCAACAUCAAAGGACAAAUGAGUCAACGCUGUUGGAGUGAAUUUUGUCUUCCGAUUACAGAUUAAACACUUGAGACUUUGUUGUCAUGCAAAAACCUGAAUACAGGUGUCACCUGUGUGAACUCAGAUUAAUAACUCGUCUUUAAUUCAGAUUGCACUGAAUUUAAGCUUUAUUUGUUUCAAUUUAUAAGCAAAACCAAACCAUCAAACAGCUGAGAGAGGAGUUCAGACAGGAAGUGCGGCAGACAGAUUUCCAGCUGUUUUAUACUCUGAAUAUAAACACAAGAGAACUGAUAAAGAACGUCAUAUUUUAAAAUAUUCUUUAAAAUCUGUAUUCUUGCCACAGUAUUACAUUUACACUUCAAUGUUAUUAUUAUUAAAAUAGGCUGAAGAAAAAAUCAGCAGGAAAGAUAUGCUGACUGUUUUAUUCUGAAAGUAUGAAACUGGAUUCUGCUGGAACUAUGUACUUAAACUGUAAAAAAUGCAUUGAUAAUGUAAAUAUAUAUGCAUUUGUACUGUACGUCUGCAGUAAACAGCUGUGAGCUGUUUUCUCUCUCUGUGCUGUUUAUCAGAGAGAACUUUAUCUUAAUUAGACAACAAACAGCCAACAGUCGACAGUCAACAUUUGGCCAACAGUCUCCAGUUGCAGAUUGUCCCUUCUAGUCAUUUCUUUGAAAAACUAAUUUUAGGAUAUUCUUUUAGGUUUAGUGAUGUGAAUUUUCAUUAUUUAGCUGUGAAGAAAUUUUAGCCAUAGAGAAAUAUUGAUGAUAAGACGAUAUUUGAUCUUUGGUCUUUAAUUUGCUGUAAAAGUGACACCUAUGUACACGUUUGUAUGUGAGAGGUUAGAAAUAUACAGAAUGCACCUCCUUUGUUGUUUUAAUUGAUUAAACUGAAAAAUUGAUUGCAGAGGUUUUCAGCUCCAAAUAUGAGUUUAAAAUCCCAUCAGCGGGAGGACACAAGAACAUUUCCAGUUCUGUAAGAACAGAAACAUGUGAACAUCUCUGCUAUCAAUUAUUUUGUAUUUAAGUAAUUUUGUUUAUUGUGUGACUUUAAAAUAUUAUUCUGUUGCUCAGUGUGAAAACAUUUUAUCCACUGACAGUCAACAUUAUGAAUUUCCUUUGAAAGCAGUAAAUUAGAGAAGCUCAGUUUCUGACUUCAGUGUUUUUUGUUUUCUGUGAAGGAAGUGAGUUUAAGCUAAACUUUUCUACCUUAGUGCUAAGUUGAUGAUGAAUGUAACUACUGUUAGUUUACAGUAACAAUGUGUACAGAGAUAUUGAUUGUUGGAUAAGUUUUAUUCUGCAGUGUUUAAGUAUCUGAAAGUAAAGAUCAGACGCCACUGAUUUUUGUUUUCAUGAAGAUGAGUUGAUGAAAAACAUCACAGAUCACCAGUAAACCUGGUUCAUGAGCAGCUUGAAGAAGAAAACAGGAAGUAGUCAUGUAAACAUCUCACAGUAAAACUGUGCGGAUACACUAAACCGGUAAAACCAGCAGUUAAUGUGAUACUACUAAAUGUCCACAGUGAGACAUAUACAGGCAGCUGUGACAGAAAUCACUUCAUUUGUUAUGUUUACUUUUCAUUUUCCUUUACAAGAAACUUUAAAAGUACAUCACAGAGUCAAAGGAUCUUAUCAAAAAGAAGAUAAGCCUCUUGACUACAGAUUAUCCUUGAGAAACAGCUGAUUAAUGUUUAUGUUGCGUCUGAUUUAAGUUUUUUGUCAGUCAAAAAGUUAUUUUUGUUCUCGGUUACAUUUCAGUCAGUAUCAAGAAAUAAUUUAAGUUAAAAACAAAGUCUCUCAGAGUGAAGCCAUCACUAAGUUUAAAUAAAAUAAAAAAGCAGACACGGAAUUAAUGUACUUUUGUUUCUUUUGUCUCUUUUAGAAUAAAUCAAAACACAUUGAUUUAGAUGCUGUUUUCUCUGUUUUGCAAAAAUGAACCGACACUACACCAAAGUUAUCUGCAAUAUACUGCACUGCAUGAUGGGAUUCUUCCAAAUAAUUUAUAUGCUGUUUAUUCUUUGAAUAUUCUUCCAUCUGCCAAGAAAGCACUGCAACGUAUCUGAUGCUAUAACUGAUCUUCAUACUAGAAAUAUCAGUAUGUAAAAUAGAGUAUAUCAUGUUAUUGUGCACAAUUAUGUUUACUAUAUGUAUUCUGGGUAUAUUAACAAUAUAUAAAUAUACAUUAAAAGUCAUUAUUUAUUAUCAG